AUGAUUAUUCAUGAAUUUGCCAUCUAUUUCUAGUCACUUCAUUGCAACUUGCUUCCUCAAUACUUGGAGCUUUUCAACUGGGCCAUAUUUUUCCAUGUGAAUUCGUAUAAAUCUUUGUUUCUCACAGUCUUUUUACACUUUUGUUUACUGAUAAAUUUUGAUUUCUUUUUGGUAGCUUAUAUGUUUGGAACUAGUCUAGUUUGAGGAAAGGAGGUUGGUUGAGGUUCCAUAUAUGCAUUGCUGAGUUUGACUGAUUGAUUGAUCACUCUGGACAACUUUUCACUAUAUUUGAGGUGUGUUGGUUUGUGGAAAGGUUGGAGGCAAGCAAAGCAGGUUGUGAAGGUGUGUUCAUUCGAUUUUCGGGCUUAUUGACUUGGAAGCUGCCAGUUGAUCAUGGCUAAUCCGAUGUGAAAUUCGUGUGUAUUUUGGGGGGAUUUGUUGUUGUUGUUGUUGCUGUGUGGGAGGGCUUUGUGUUGCGUGUGAAAUCGCAGCUCUGCCCGAGUAGAAGGAAGUGGAGAGGAGGCGAACCGUGGUAGUGUUAGGCCUGGACUGAAUAAGUUUAAGGUUUUUGGAGUGAGCUUUUUGAUCUGAGGAAUGGCUCCUCUCAAUUGCUUUUGCCCUUCUUGGCCAAAGAAGAAGAAUAAGGGAGGGAAAUUCGAGCUCGUUGAGCCAUCUGGUAAAGAGAGGAAGCUCGGUACUUUGCACGUGAAUCUCGAUCAUGUCCAGAUAUCUUCGGAAACGAAUGAGUUGAGUUCAGCAUCUUUCAGUGUUCCUGUUCCUUUCCGUGUCCCGGGGAGUUCUAGGUGCAGUGUGAAGGUGAUGAAUCACGAGAGCCCCGUUGCAGCUGAUUCCUUUGAGGUGGACUACGAAGGGGGAGAUGAGCACGAUGGGGCUGCCCGGUUGGAUCGGGAUUCUGAAUUCAAUUUCCAAGUGUGUUUUGAACAGAGUCAAACUCUACGAGGAGUGAAUUCCUCGUGCUCUUUGAACAUCGAUGGCGAUGCUGAACACAGUAACGCAGAAGCAAUGUUCGAGAUGGAUGAUGCAAGUGGAAACCUAAGCGAUCCCCGGACUGGGAGAGCCAGGUUUUGGGCUUCUCCGAAGCUCAAGCGCUCGUGCUCUAGUUUGGCAAUAAGAAGCGCCUCUCUAGAGCUCGAGGAGUGCAAGUCGUACGAGGAUAUGCAGAAGCUAGCUGAAAUGCACUCCACGGCCAAUCCUGGAGGAGACGGGGCAAGCCCUGUCUCCAUCAAGACGCGUUGCAGUGCUGAUAAGGUGAUGCUGAAGAAGCAUUCCACGAGCCAGAUUCUUCCGUCUGGCAGCCGGAAACUGUGGUGGAAACAGUUCAUAUGGAGUCGCAGAAACUUGCAUAUAACCGCGAAUGCAACAAAACUGCUCCUAUCUGAACUCGAGGUCACUCCUGUCAACCAGCGCGGUGGCUACUCAUCAGAUACAGUCGAGCCCAAGCACGCCACCGGCCCAAGAAACUUGAGAUCUCCGAGCUCAUUGAUAGAAGAGUCGACUGAGAGGGGCAAGCACAGCUCGGAUGUCACGAAAUUGGAUGGAUUACACGGCAUGUGGCCUCAAAAUCAGUGGCUUGCUUUCCCUCCCGACUCGUCUCCUCUAUGGAGAGUCAACGAGUGGGUGAAAGAGACAUCCUCGCAGCCUCCUUGCCUACUGGACAAGGACGAACCUCAACACGAAGACGAUAUUCACUUCCCGUCCUCUCCUGAGAACGAUGCAUCAGAGCCGUCUCGACCUCCAGCUGCAGACACACUGGAGGAUAUCUCACACGCCAACACUGUCAUCCGGUCCUUGACUACUAACUCGAGCGUGGCUCAUAUCACGGGCCUUCGACUUGCAGCCAUUCCCUCGAUUUCGCAGUUUUCCAGCCUUCGAUCGGUCAACUUGUCUGGCAAUCUUAUAGUUCGUGUAACUCCGGGAUCUCUACCAAAGGGUCUUCAUGUUCUUAACCUAUCAAGGAACAACAUAAGCACGAUCGAGGGUCUGAGGGACUUGACUCGUCUCCGCGUGCUUGACCUCAGCUACAACCGGAUCUCCAGAAUCGGUCAAGGGAUGUCGAACUGCACUCUCGUGAAAGAGCUCUAUCUCUCCGGGAACAAGAUAAGCACUGUGGAAGGUCUGCACCGGCUCUUGAAGCUGACCGUGCUCGACUUGAGUUUCAACAAGAUCACCACAGCGAAGGGGCUAGGCCAGCUCGUAGCAAAUUACAGCUCCCUCAUUGCGGUGAAUCUGCUCGGGAAUCCGGUCCAGAGCAACAUGAGCGACGAGCUGCUGAGGAAGACGGUCUGCAGCCUGCUCCCGAAGCUCGCGCUGCUCAACAGGCAGCCGGUGAAACCACAGAAGGCGCGGGAGAUACGCGUGGACUCCAGUGCCAAAGCUGCGCUCGGGAGCAGCCGGAGGAAGCCGGUGAGGAAGAGCGCGACAGCGGGGGCUUCGUCAUCGUCUCGGAGAAGCAACGCUGCCGUCGGCACCGGCCAUAAGAGCAAACACAAGUCAAGAAGCCAUCCUCGAAUUCAUUCGAGUUUGAGGGAAAAGGCUUGAUUUUUAUUUUGAUUUUUAUUUUGAUUUUUCAAGAUUUGAAGGUGUUGGCCUUUUUUUGAUUGGUUUGAUUGGUUUUUUGAAUUUCAAGCAAUCAAGAAAUUUGGCUUUCACCUAUCUGAAUCUGUUAUCAUAACACCACUAAAUGGACAUGUAAUGAUAGAUUUUCAUUCCGAAAUGACAAAAUAAGA